GCGCCGUACGCUAUACGGCCCAAAGGCGUUGGUGGCUGGUGACCGUGUGAAGAUGCGUUGGACUCCGGCAGCAUCAGUACCAGUUCCGCUGUGCCAAUAAAGCAAAAACCGGGGGACGGAGGAGACGAACCGCCGGCGGUUGCAGGUCGAGCGGGCGCCGGUGAAUCUGGGCGGCGUCAUGGGGGACCAGAAGGAAUCUCUGCGUAAAAUCACCCACACGCUGGCUAUGAAGAACGAGGAGAUUUCAAACUUCAUCUGUACCCUCAAGCAGAACCUCGACAACUUAGAGGUGAACUCCAAUCGGGUGCAGGAGGACCUGGAGUCUGAGUUCACCUCUCUCCACGCCGUUCUGGAUGACAUGAAGGAGAACAUGGUGACUCGCAUCAAGCAGGAGAGAGCCAGUCGCACGUACGAGCUGCAGAGUCAGCUGAGUGCCUGCUCCAAGGCCCUGGAGAGCUCUGAGGAGCUGCUGGAGCUGGCCAACCACACGCUGUGCUCCUCUGAGACCGAUGGCUUCACUCAGGCGGCCAAAGACAUUAAGGAUAGCGUGACAAUGGCUCCAGCCUUUCGUCUCUCGCUGAAGGCAAAAGCCAGUGACAACAUGAGUCACUUGAUGGUGGAUUUCAGCCAAGAGAGGGAGAUGCUGCAGGGACUCAAGUUUCUCCCAGUUCCUGCCACUCCAGAGAUCCAGGUCUCAGAGUGCCAGGUGUGCGAUAACACAGUGACUGUACUUUGGACCCUACCGGAGCCAGACGGCAAGAUCGACCACUACAUACUGGAACAUCGACGCACAAACCACGAGGGGCCGCCACGCAUCAGGGAAGACUACCCCUGGAUGGUGGUGGAGGGCAUCCGAGAGAUGGAGCACACGCUGACAGGUCUGCGCUUUGAAACCCGUUACAUGACGUUCAGAGUGAGGGCCUGUAACAAGGCCGUAGCAGGAGAGUUCUCGGAGCCGGUCACACUCGAAACCCACGCCUUCACCUUUAAACUGGACUCCUCUUCGGCCCACCAGAACCUGAAGGUGGAGGACCUGAGUGUGGAGUGGGACAGCAGCGGAGGAAAGGUGCAGGAAAUCCGCAAGGAGAAGAACCGGACCAACUCCCCAAUGCAUUCACCAGCUAGGUCUGCCCUGAUGUCUCCUAAAAGAGCGCCCACAACCCGUCCAGGUAGAGACAGGUUUACAGCAGAGUCCUACACGGUGCUGGCUGACACCAUGAUUGAUGCUGGCCAGCAGUACUGGGAGGUACGGUUCGACAAGGAGAGCAAGGCCUUCGCCGUCGGCAUCGCUCUGAGGAGCCUCGGACGAUUCGACCAGCUGGGAAAAAGCAGCGCGUCCUGGUGCAUCCACCUGAACAACUGGCUGCAGCAGAGCCUCACAGCCAAGCACAACAACAAGGCUCGAACACUGGACUGCCCAAUACCCAACACUAUAGGAGUCUACAUUAACUACGAUGAAGGUGUUCUGUCCUUCUACAACGCCAAAACUAAGCAGCUCAUGCACACCUUCAAAACAAAGUUCCAGCAGCCAGUUAUACCUGCUUUCAUGGUCUGGAACGGCAGCUUCUCGGUGGUGACGGGCCUGCAGGUUCCCAGCGUGGUGCAGAGCGGCCAGAGGAAGAACAGCGGCACCAGCAGCUCCAACGCCAGUCUCACCUAGAAGCCCCACCCCCACGCUCAGCCAGCUGGGCCGCUUCCAGCUCUGCCCGGCCGCACACGCCACCGCCGCAGGACGUCCGCGCUGCCCUGACUGCAGUCAAAGCCACGUCACAGAAGAGUUUCCUCACUGGAGCACGAUGGUUUGGACUGUUCCUCAUGUCUGUGUUGCAUGACAGCAAGUGUUGUUGUUGUUGUUGCGGACAAGAAGUGUGUCAUGUGCUCCGUUAGUGACCGAAUUCUUCAGACACAAGACUGUGGCUGUUGUCGUUGCUGAGGGUAAGUUAGGCAGUCCUGCUAGUUUUCCUCUCUCUACACAAUAGUUUAGCACCAUUGCUGCUAGAGCAAAUGUUUAGCGCUGGCCGCUUCCCUUACUUCCUUCCCAUCACCCAAUCUAUCAGGCAGAGCGCCAUGCAUCCAGCUGCAGGCUCAGGGUGAAGCCCUGUGCCGUCCACUCUCUCCCUGUGCCUUCCUUCUCAUCCGCAAACAGGACAAACUGCUCUGCAACAAGAAGCAAGUAAUGGUCUGUGUCCGUCUAGAAGCGCGUGUUGUGUCAGUAAAACAGUUUAGCUCUUUUCCACAACAAACCUGUGUAACCAAAAUGAUAAUGUGCUAUUCGACAGAAUGUAGAUCAUUACUGAAUCAGGAUUUCUUAAAUUUCUUGCUGGGAAACUAUACUUUUCCAGCAACAAACGAGAUGUUCCAUCUAAAUUCUUAAGAUUUUUCGUAAGGCAUGCGGAUGUGGUAACAGAGGUCCGUCAGCUUCCUGCUAAAUUCAAGUGUUUCAUCAGGCUUCAUAUUCAGGCCAUUUUCUUUGCUUGUAGUGACGUUAUAGACACUUACAGUCAGACAUUUUCUUCUCACACUAAUGCUUGUUUGUACACUUUAUGUUUACAUUUAAUCAUUUGCUUCAGAGAGGUCCCACUAUGGGCUGCAGGCUGUCUCUGGUCCAAGUUUAACAAACACUUAGUCAGUAUUAUGGGAAUUAGGCAAGAAACAGUUCCCUACUCAUGCACCACCAAACCUUUAAGUAGCAUCCAUGUCUUGCUUUCAAUGUCUUUGUGAUUAACUGUAGCCUGCCAAUGCUUUAAAGAAGCGUCCAGCUGAGAAUUAUGUUUAUUUUAUUUCACAUGCUCACAGUUUAUUGUAAAUAGUCGGAGGUUUUCCAUUAUAUUGUAUCAGUCCUUGAGGUAAUAAAGGAGCGGAGCCA